CAUCGAUCACCAGCUAAACUCGUUUUCUUAAUUUCUCUCUUCAUCUCUCUGCAAGGAUUCCAUGUCUGCUGAAUCAGAGUGAUAUUAAUCAGACACAACCUGAAACCCCAAAGUAUUAGCAUAUUGCAGUUGUACGUCAGCUAGGGUUGAUUCAAAUGCCGGUUAUUUUGCUGAUCUCCCAUACUAGCUAGUCAGUAGUAUCAUGUGCAGCUUGUCUAUGCCAAUUGGGAUGGAGAAUUAUCAAGGCGAUUUAACUGAUAUACUUCGAGCUGGCGCUGCUACAGGUUCGUCCUCAUCGUCGGCUUAUCAUUCCGAAACAAUGAAUUCCGACAACUGGCAGUUUUCCUCCGAUGAUAAUCAUUCUAUGAAAUUCUCGACAUCAUUAGCCAUGGAAGAAGAAGUAGAAGAUGCAAGAGACAACUUCGGCGAUCCGUUUUCAUCGUACAUACGCGAUCCGCUUCUUCACGAGCUGUCGUCAACUUCCACCGGCGGCUUCUUCAGCAGCCCGAAUUCGACCUCAGAAAUGAAUAUCAGUGUAGAUAUGGAAGCUCGUCCGGCGCCGUUUGGGGCACAUGUACUUGGUCACCAUCAUCAGGGUGAAGUUAUAAAAAGGCCUAGCAACAACAUAUUCUCUCGUAUGCUUCAGAUCUCCCCCGGCAAGCUAGGCGGAGACGUGUCGGGGUGCGAUUCGGUCGCGGUGUUGGGGUCGCCGAGGGGAGGAGGAGUAGGAGGAGGAAUCAAGGCGGGGCCUGGUGGUGUUAUGGCUGGAAGCGACAUGAUUAAUGCAAACAGCUCAAAAGGUUGCUUGCUCGAGAACACCGGAGUUGGGGUGCAGAUCUCAUCUCCACGGAAUCCGGGUAUCAAGCGAAGAAAGAGCCAGGCGAAGAAGGUUAUAUGCAUUCCAGCGCCAGCAGCAGCAAACAGUAGACCAACUGGAGAAGUAGUUCCAUCUGAUCUGUGGGCAUGGAGAAAGUACGGUCAGAAACCCAUCAAAGGUUCACCUUAUCCGAGAGGUUACUAUAGGUGCAGCAGCUCAAAGGGUUGCUCAGCAAGGAAACAAGUAGAACGCAGCCGGACUGAUCCAAACAUGUUGGUCAUCACCUACACUUCCGAGCACAACCAUCCCUGGCCAACCCAGAGAAAUGCUCUCGCCGGCUCAACCCGAUCCCAGCCUUCUAAAGCCGGUGCCGGUACAAAGACCGCUCCUAAUACUGCUCAGCGCCAAAAGCCAAAUAGCCCAGCAAAGGAAGAACAAAAGGCUGCAGUUGACAGCAUGGACGAGAAUAAUCACGUACCGUCUCCGGUUAAUGCAACUGUAGGGAGUAGUUCAACAGUUAAAGAAGAGUUUGAGGACAUUGAGAACCUGCAAUUGGAGGUUGAUCAUCACCAUCACCAUCAUCAGAAUGAUAGUGAUCAUCACCAGUUCAGUAAUCAUGAACAAGGGUUUCCUUAUAGACCAUCAAUGCCUGAACAUUCCAGUAACCAAUCAGAGGAUUUCUUUGCUGAUUUAGGAGAAAUUGAGGCUGACCCACUACACCUCUUGUUCUCUCAAUGUUUCACUGAAGAUGAACAGAUAAAGGGAAGAAACAAGUGUGCCUUGGAUCCAUUUAAUCUCUUCGAUUGGUCUGGGGAUCAAAACACCAACAUCAACCUCAACAACGAUCCUUCAUUUGGUCAAGAAGCAAAGAGGCGUCUAUAACGAGGGCACCCUUGGAACAACUUAACAUCCCCCAACUAAACAAGAGUUAAGACUACUUUUUCUAAGUUAGUUUUGGUGGUAAUGAUUUUAUAUGAAUCUUCCGGCCGUGUGUAUUGAGUACGUAAGACGAACCACAUUUUUAUAUCACAUACAUUAGAUAACUUUGUCGCGAUUAGUAAUUACUACAUUAGUUAUUAUGCGACACGUUAUUCCAUAUAAGUAAUGUCUGUUCGCUAAUGCGGUCUAAAAAUGUAGUUGAUUUACUGUUGUAUUUUGUUUAAAUUUUACGUGAC